AUGACUAUGAUGAGCAGCAAUGAUGAAGAAUAUGUCGAAAACUCUGUCAACCUUAUCCCCUCCAUCCAACUAUUGCGUGAUAAAUGCACAACUAUACUAGACCAGUGCAAGGCUUGGAACGAUCAACAGCCCAUUGAGGGAUUGCAUAGAUACACAAACUCCCUUACAGCCGAAUUGCACUUUAUAGACAAACUACUAGAUAAUCCCAAAAGGAUCAAGAAAGAGCACGUCCAAAGUACAAACUUGAGCUAUCUGGAAGCUGUUUUCGAAGCGCUGUCGCAAGCUGGUGAAAGAAGAAACGAGGUAAUGAGAUUGGUGAGCGCUCCAGCGCAAAACAAUAACCAGUGGAUGUCCAGAGCUGCUAUGAUCCGUAACCAUAGUGUCAAAGUUGACAUUGUUGCCGAAAAUGGGUUGGUGUGGAUAAAGGUCAUUGCUCGUAAUGCGAAGGCUUUUCGACAUGAACUCAUGGGAUUGGAAUGGGAUGACUCUUCUUCUUCUUCUUCUUCUUCCUCGGAUGAAGAUGAGGACGAUGAAUCAGAGGGCAAUGAUGACUGCAAACAAUCUUUAUUAGCAUCAUCUGGUGAUUUUGACAGUUUACCCAUAUUCAAAAAGGCUCGUGAAUAUCUCAAAACAGCUCAAGCACAUCACGUCCAGUUCCACACACCCAUUGUUGUAUUUGCAUUCAUGCGCAUCAAACGCGACGAAGACGUAUUUGUACAGAGGAUCAUGGAUCGAUUAACCGAGAUUGGUAUUGUUGUCCACUUGCAAAGCUCACACAGCACGCUCCAAUCGUCUUAUCUACCAUUGCUGAAAAACGUGGGUGAUCUGGAUCAUCUUACAACACCUUCAAUCAAUCUGGAUGUCAGCUCAACAUUAGCGAUUAUAUCCGAGCUAUCUCAUCAUGUGUGUUUACCCAAACAAGUGUCCGCUAUUCCCAUACAAGUACAAGCCGAGCGUGAAGCACUUGUACCUGCACUACCUCAAAUCUUGCCUUACAUCACGGGUAAAAAGCUUUGUAUCAUACAAACUGCAUAUGACCGGCUUGCAGAUAUCGUACAUGUUGUGGGCGGUCCGAAUGAAACCGCUCGAUUCAACUAUCUAUUCAGAAAGCAUCUCGGCCUAGAUUUGGAAUUCGACCAAGAGCUGUGGACUAUAUUGCCCUCGUUGUCUGUAGAAAUCAUGCCUGAUGCAUCAUCAGAAGCCUUUGUCAAAUUACUCGAUCCACCAUCCCAGAAAUCCAAGCUGAAUAAUGGACGCAAGAUUCGUACUCGAUUCUCCGAUUUUCAUGCAAAAAUCUUUGGUAGUGGAGACCAUUACAAGAUGACUACACUGACAUCUAUUCAGUGGAUGGAGAUUGCUUUAAAGGAUGCUGGUGUGCAAGGUGCAUUAUUGGUGUCUCAUGAACCUCGCUCUUUGGCAGAGAAGAAGAUGGAAUCAAGAGGCGUAUCAUCCAAAUGA